AUGCCCGCCGCCGGCGCCGGCGCCGCCGCGCUCCCCGUCGUCGUCGCGCACGGCAUGGGCGACUCGUGCUACAACUCGGGCAUGAAGUCCAUCACCGAGGCGGCGGGCAAGAAGCUCAACGCCUACGCGACGUGCGUGCCCACGGCCGAGGGCUGGCUCUUCGACACCAUCGACGGCUUUUUGAAGAACAUGGACAAGUCCGUCGACUUCUUCGCGGCGAAGAUCCGCGCCGACCCGAAGCUCGCGGGCGGCUUCAACGCCUUCGGCUUCUCCCAGGGCAACAACGUCAUCCGCGGCUACAUCAUCAAGUACAACGACCCGCCGGUGAAGAACUUCAUGUCCAUCUGCGGCAUCAACGCGGGCGUCGGCGCGUUCCCGCAGUGCUCGCCCGAGAUCCCCGUCGUCGGCCCGACGGUCUGCAAGGGCCUCGCGGAGGUCCUCGGCGACCUCGCCUACAACAAGCUCGUCCAGGACAUCCUCUUCCAGGCGAACUACUACCGCGACCCCGCCAAGACGUCCGACGCGUCCUACCUCAAGAACUCGCGGCUCGCGCACUGGAACGGCGAGGGCGAGGUCAACGCGACCUACGUCGCCAACUGGGCGAAGACGGACAACUUCAUCUGGGUCGAGGGCACGCUCGACACGGUCGUCUGGCCGCGCCAGGGCGAGCAGUGGGGCGCCAUGGACCCCAAGGACCCGUGGAAGACCGUGCUGCCGAUGAACGAGACGGACUGGUACACGAAGGACACCUUCGGGCUCAAGACCGCCGACGAGGCGGGCAAGAACCACUUCGAGUCCUUCGUCGGCGAGCACAUCCGCAUGACCGACGCCCAGCUCAUGGGCUGGCUCGAGAAGUACUUCGCCUGA